CAUGUUUCUUGACAGAUAUCGACCAUUCCCUUACGUGAAAUAAAUAUAAUUUAUUGCAAAUUUUUCGGCACCAUAAGACAAACACAAAACAAUGUCGUUGAUAGCAUAUACGUCAAUCUUCGAUUAUUUAUUUAUGAUUUAAUAUCCAGGACUAUCGAUGAAACGAACCUCAUGAUUUGCGAACUCGUUAUUAAAAAUUCUGAAAGUUCAUUUGACGCAGAGAACUAAAUAGUGCCUUGAGGCAGAUGUUCUGUAAUCAAAUCAGCAAAAAACACUUUUUGCGAUAUUUAAGAAGUAUAAAUUGUACAGAAAAUCUUUUGGUUGUUAGAUUUUGUUUAUCUCUUCAACCUUAGGCUAAUUUCAUUAUUCGCCAUCGAAUAGUUCAGCGGGCUAUUGGAAAUUACGAGUUUAAGCGAUGUUGGCUGACGGUUUUCCCCCAGGUAAAAUGGAUUGUUCAAACGGUUGUCCCAUUUCGGAGAAGGUACGCUCUAUCGUGUACUGGCGGCAACCAAUUGUAACAGGCGUCAUACUGACUCUCUUGCUGAUUGUCGAAUUUAGUUUUAUGUGUCUUUCUGCAAUCUCCUUCAUUGCUUAUAUCGGAUUAGCCCUUCUUGUUUCCGUCAACUUAUUGCGUAUGUAUUAUCACUUUGUGGCUAAAACAGAAAAUAAUUUUGUCAGGGAAUAUCUAGAACGAGAAAUCACUGUGCCACAAGAUAAAGCAGAGAAAGUUUCUCGACGUCUUACUGAAGUUUUAAACAAAGGGUUAACACGCACUAGAGAAAUAUUCUUACUCACGGACCCCGCCGCAUCUGUGAAAUUCGCUGUACUGUUAUAUCUACUGACAUACAUUGGUGCACAGUUCAACUUCCUAACUUUAUGCAUACUAUUCACUUUUGGCGUCUUUUGUGUGCCGAAGUUUUAUGAGCGCUACCAACCGGAAAUCGAUAAAAUGAUUGAGCUAGCGAAGUCAAAAGUAGAUAUGGUAUCAUCACAGGUUAAAACGCAUCUCGAAAAGUUACCAAUUAUUGGCGGUGGUCGAAAGGAAAAAACACAAUAAGUUGCCUAUUUUCCAACUACAAUGAUCAUGCCGAGUCGUUCCAAGUUCUAUGAACAACGAUAAAUUUUUUCCAAAGCUAACUUAUAAUAAUUCUUUUUCUUAUAUAAAUAUGACAAAUGAAACUGUAAAGCAUGUAAGAAGUAUAAUAGUUUUGUGCUCUUCCUCUCUCUAAUUUAUAUUACGUAAAUUUUUUCUACCAAUUUUCAUACUUCAUACUUUUAUGUUUAAAUAAAACUAACUCCUUUCAAACCUCGUUAUUCAUCUCAUAAAGAGAAAAUUUAUGUUGUCAUAAAUGUUUGUCGAGAUGCUUUUUGUAGUUGGUUUCUGCUUCAAAACCCCAAGUUUAUUUGUUGGUGUAGAAGGAAGAGGAAAUUGGAUUGCAAGAACUGCUCAUUCUUUUGUUUAACUGAUCAGUAUUCACCGUCAUCAUCAUCUCUUCUUUUUUCCACUGUGUUUAGAUUACUAUUUAUUGUAAUAAAUUUCUGAUUUCUUUCUUUUUACACCAUUAAACAAAAAACUUCCUAUCAUAUUAUUUUCAAGCGUUUCUUGGGAUUUUGUUUUCGUAUAGUUAAGCAAAACUUUGUACCUAUGCUAAUAUUGUUUGCUUCUAGCUAUACACAGACAAGAAGAUUCAGUCAGUUUAGCGUACUUUCUUUGACUUGUGUCGUUAAUUCUCUCCAUGAUGAACCCCGUUUGUUGUUGUUUACAGUUUUUAUUGUCUUGUUUAUCACUCCUUUUUGCUGGCUUCAUUUAUAUCUGGUUAUUCGUUAUUUUACCAUGUAUCACUCACCACUCAAAUGUGUUGUUUUUUUCCCGUUUUUUGCGAAGAGCAUUUAAUGACACAUUAGUAAUAACACACUAUUGAUGUUGCAUUGUUAUACUGACUGUUCGACUGGUUAUUGUUAAAUGCUGAGUGAAAUGUCAGUCUUUUUGUAAGCGUUUUUUAAUUUGCAUAAAGCGUGUUCUCAUUCGAAACCCUUUACCAAAAAUAGAUAUGGUUCAUAAUUUAUUGCAUAACUAGUGUUGUUGCUUCUUCAUUAGAAAAUAAUUUUUUAAUGUUAGUCUUUUUUGUACCCUGUUUAAUUAUGCUUACUUUUAAACUUCUCGGCUUAGGUUAUUUCAACUGGUGUCAUGUAGUACCUGUUUGUUUAAAAACAAGAAUGGAAUUAUUUGUGCUUGGAAACAAAUCCAUUUAUUUACACUCACAGGGAUUUAGUGAAUUACAGUAUAAGUGGACAUAUCUGGAUACUUGAAGAUGUGUACAAGUGUAUUUAUUUCUGACGUCUUGUUGAUGAGCAUAAUUCAAUUUCCUCUUUCAUCUUAUUUGAUUUUUCAUUUGAAAAGUUGGGUUUUUACAGUGAUAUGUCCUCAGAAGGCAUGUAAACAGCUUCAAAUGAUCGAAAUGAAAUCUCCAGCGAAAAUCAUGCGCUGUUAUACAGUACCCACCCACUAAACAAAUGAGAAAGUGCCUAGAAAUACUAGAUAUAAUACUUUUAUUAAACACUGAAAAAGGUUAGAUAACCUAACACUGAUGAAUUUCUGAUUGAACUUUGAUAUAGCCGAUGAUGACUAGAGUAUUAAGCUUCAUUUAAUUAUUUGAGGAUUUCUGUAGUUUAUCUUUAUUUACCAAUAAUACAUAAGAUUUAGCGCUAACACUGUUUACUGUAUUGCAUACUUCUAAUUCUGACUUAAUUCGUAUAAACUAAACUGUCCAUCCAGUGAAAACCAAUCUCGUAUUAAACUUUACAAAGACAUUGUAUGUUCUGACUGAAUUUAUUUUCUUGGCUUCUAAUAUUCUGCAUAUUUUAAAAACAAACUAGUUAAAAGGACAUAUUUCUGUUUUUCAAAUGUAAUAUUAAAAAUUACUGAGUUAAUCAAUAUGUUGCACUUGUUAAUGUUUACAUGUUCAACUUCAUUUCUCUUGUAAGCCAACAGGAUUGGAUAACAUGUCGACCUAUUGUCAUUUAUUUGACAAUAUAUAUCUGAACUUUGAUUAUACAGAACUAUAUGAAAGAACUAUAUUCAAGUUUAAUUGUCAAGAUAGUUUCAAAUACAGUUACAUUUUUGUUACUUCUCUAAUUAUUAUUAAUUCCUAACAGAAUUCAGUUAUUGUCUAUCAUAAUCACAUCUUUUUUUAAAAGAAAAAAACUAAAUAUGGUUAGUUCAUUUGGAUCAAUAGUUAUUGUUUCUGCGUUGUAUAAGGAAGGAAGUUUAUAUGACGCCAAUUUAAAUGGUUUAAUAUGCACUAUAAAAUACUUAAAUGAGUGCUCCUAUUUAUACAAAAAAAAUCAUUAUUUACAACUAACUUCUAAUUAACAUUUUUGAAAUGGUGAGCUGAUAUUCGAAUUCUGUAUUUGACGGAGGUCAAAGUUCAAUUAAUUUACUAAUAGUGUCUAAAUACAUAAUGCUGCUUACUCUGACCGUUUGCCAAAUUUAUUUUGGUCAGCUUAUGAAUCACUAAAUUUUGUCUAUUGACUAAUUUCUGUAAUUAUUAUUGUUAUUUUUAUGGUUGGACAGUUUUUCGACUGACCUGUAAAAAUCUCUAUCGAAACUAUUUCUAUUUUGUUGAUUGAUUUAUGAGUAGAAAUUCGUCCGAGAUUGACUGAAGCUGUGAAAUAAUAAGUGUGAAUGUCUAACCAAAUGGUUUAAAAGUAUCGUGAUCUGAAGUUCUUUUGCUUGAGUCCAUCAGAAAGCAGGAUGUUCUGCUUAAAAGUUUCAGACUAAUAUAAAAGGUUUGUCAAAUACUUCAUGGUCUUCAAUGAUUCUAUAGCUAUCUAUCGAUUCGUAACAUCAACUUCUUUAGAGUAAUUAAAUGUUUAACAGGAAUUAAUGGUUAUUCGUCAUAGUUUGGAAUUGACAAAGAGAAUAACUGAAAACAAGAUUGGAUUGAACAUAUAGUUAGUCAGUUAAUCAAAUAGUAUAUAUAAUAUAUUAUUAUACAUGACAAACUAACUAGGCUCUAACUUGGUCUAGUUACAACACCUAACAAUUUUUCAAUAAACUAUUUCUACUCCUAAAUACUUUGAAUCAUUUGAUACAGCUACAUAUAUUUUUUUCUUAUGCCAAUAAUAUCGAAUGCCAAAUAAGUGAGAAA